AUCUUAACUUGUGCAAAUAGAUUGCACAGUACAUUUUUCACUAGAAUCUUUUAUUUUUUCUAGCCACUGAAAAAGUGGCAGCUGGUAGUAGGACACGUGUUCACUCACCUCCUCCAUUAGCAACCAACCUACCAUUCAAUGCUCAACUACUUGACGAGAUAACAAAAAGGACACCCAAAGUUCAUUUUGAAACAUAGAACUAGCCACCAAGCUUUUGGCUAUAGAUUUCUUAAUCCAAGUAGGUGAACUGAAAUUGACAAUCUUUAGCUUUCGUUUGUUAUUUGUGUAACAGUUGAAUCCUCUAUAUCUGUAAAACUUCCAUUAUCAUCUGCAUCUCAUCUACCAGAUACUGGCUGUCUCCUCUUCAAUAGUACCACUUUCCUGCAUUCAUAUCUCUCACGGCACUAUCACAGCAAUCAGAUCUAAUCUGCAAAGAUCUCUUCGUAAGUUAUGGCCGGCAACGGAGGAGCUCAUGUUGUCAUCCUUCCCAGUGCAGGCAUGGGCCAUCUCUCCCCUUUCAUUCACCUGGCCUCCGUCCUUUCCAACCAUGGCAUCUGCGUCACCUUCAUCACCACCCUCCCCACCGUCACCGCCGCUGAGUCUGAUCGACUCAACUCCUUCCUCUCCUCCAACCCCCACAUCCGUCCUCUGCCUUUCCACCCCACUCCCGUCAGCACAGACAAGGUAUCCAACCCUUUCACCAUCCAAACUGAAUCCAUCCGCCAUUCCCCUGCUCUCCUCCGCUCCCUCCUCGCCGACGCCGGCCCCUUCUCGGCUUUCAUCUCCGACAUCGCCGUCGCAUCCUGCACCACCGACAUUGCCGCCUCGCUUUCCAUCCCCAACUACAUCCUCUUCACCUCCUCCGCCACCAUGCUUGCAUUGGUAGCCUGCUUUCCGGCCACUGCGGAGAUCGCCACCAGCUCAGCAGCGGCCGAUUUCACGAUAACCGGCGUCGGCCCCUUCCCCGGCUACUGUCUAGACCCUGCCCUGAGGGACCCCAACAACCUCUUCGUCACCCAUUUCAUGGACAAUGGCAGGGCCCUCUCGAAGGCAGCUGGGAUCCUCAUCAACACGCUGUAUGAAAUGGAGGACGCUUCUAUCAAGGCUCUGAAUGAUGGAGCCGUGGUUGCAGGCUUCCCGAGUGUCUUCUCCAUAGGGCCAUUAGUAUUCGACGGUGAAGCCAUGCCUGAAGAGGGCGGCCAUGACCAAGUACUAGAAUGGUUAGACCAGCAGCAGGAGAGGUCUGUGGCGUAUGUCAGCUUUGGCAGCCGCAAUGCCUUGAGCUCGAACCAGAUCUUGGAGUUGGCCGCUGGUCUAGAGAGGUCAGGCUGCAGGUUCUUGUGGGUGGUGAAGACGAAGGACGUCGAUAUAGACGAAGAUGGAGGCGCAGUGCUAGAGGAGCUUCUGCCCGGCGGCUUUCUCGAGAGGGUGAAGGGAAGGGGGAUGGUUGUGAACAGGUGGGUUCGACAGGAGGCGGUCUUAGCUCACCCUGCAGUGGGUGGCUUCGUGAACCACUGCGGUUGGAACUCUGUCACAGAGGCAGUGUGGCAUGGCGUGCCCAUAUUCGCUUGGCCCCUGACAGCAGACCAGAUGAUGAAUGCCACGGUGGUGGAGAAGAGCGGAGGUGGGGUUUGGGAGAGGAGCUGGAGAGGGGGAGAAGGGCUGGUGGUGAAGGGAGAGGAGAUUGGUAAGCGUUUGAAGGAGUGGAUGGAGGAUGUGAGGCUCAGAGACAAGGCCGGAGAAAUCAAACAAAAGGCGAGGAGAGCAGUUGGUUCAGGAGGGUCGUCGGAGAUUGCAUUAAUGGAAGUCAUGAAGAGAUGGACCUAACAGCGUGGAGAUGUCGCAUGCAAAACAAUGACAUGCCUACAUAGCUGAAAUCAGUGGUGUAAAGGGAUAGGCCUCAGCACAAGCCCAGUCAAGCUCGAGCUGGCUCGGUUCAACUGAAACAUUGAGCUCGACUCGACUUGAAUUCUGUCACGCAAAAUUAGAAGAGAUCAAGAACCGUUUGAGGAGAAGGUUGGGACUCAUCUACGGAAAUAAAAAAAUUAUAAAGACUCUAACCUACCUUCCUCGUCUCUCGUACCGUUAGAAUAAGUGACUAAGAAAAGCUGCAUAUUAUAUUGUAAUCCUAUUUAAAGAGCAGCUACACUCUUAACAAAGACAAGAAAUAAUACAAAACUCUUCUUCUUUCUACCGUGGAUGUCGGCAUCUAAGCCGAACCACGUAAAUCUUGUUGCUAUGUCUUGUGCGUUCUC